GAAGGCUUGGAUGGCCCAGCAGCCCGCCGUCACCCAGCCUCUUACGCCAUCGACGGUGACCCUAGUACGUGGUGGCAGAGCCCUGUCGGCGUAGCUCAUGUUACGCUGGUCGCUACAUUACCUGAUGAGAUGGAGCUGGUCCACGUCAUCAUCAAGUCGGGGCCAUCGCCGCGACCAUUGGCCUGGUCCUUGGAGGUCUCUUCAUCGGAUAACGAGGACUGGAAGAUGAUCAGCGCGUUCGGAGACAAGGAGCAUUGCAGGAAAUUGUGGGAUCUCCGACCUGAACGGAGACGACGGAAAGUCAGAGCGGCGAAGAAUCGCAGAGCGGACAAACCCACAUGCUCAACGCAAUUCACCAGCCCCCGGCCUUUGGAGAACGGAGAGAUGCACAUCCGCGUUCAAGAGGUCGCCGCGCGGCGCGUGCGCAUCUCCUUCCGCGCCGCGCACCCCGCCUCCCCCUCGCAGUACUACACUGUGCGCGCGCUCGCUCUAGUCGCGCGCUGUCUCUGUCACGCGCACGCCAGGCAUUGCCAUGUUGAUAAAAAUAACUACCUAAAAUGUACCUUAUCUCUAUGUUACCAGGGUGCAAAAUGCAAGUGCCUCCACGGCACCUGCGGCUCCCACUGCUCGCGUCCCUGCGAGACCCCCGAAUGCUCGUGCGGGGAGCGGGGGGCGUGCCAGUUCGACGAGACGGGCGCCAUAUUGUGUGUUAACUGCACGGAAAAUCUUGCAGGUCCUCUUUGCGACCGAUGUCUGACCGGCUUCUACAAUGCUGUUCCUGACGGUCCCUGUCUGCCGUGCGAGUGUGACCCUGACGGCUCUGAUGGCUCCUGCACCUACAGCAAGCACCAAAAGUCCUGCAACUGCUUCCUCGGUUUCACCGGCCCGCUAUGCGACGCGUGCGCAGACGAAAAUGCAGUGUUCCCUUAUUGCUUGGUCACCGAGCUCACCACGGGAGUUCCUGAGUGCAAGUGUGAUGUCCGUGGAAUAGUUAAUUCUGAAAGGGUGUGCGAAGAUAUUUGUGAAUGCAAGGAGAACGUGGUAGGCGAGCGGUGCGACGCUUGCGCGCCGGGUCAUUUCGGAUUGCGCGCGGAUCUGCCUGAAGGGUGUCGUCCGUGCUACUGUGCUCACGUCACUGACUCCUGCGUCGAAGAUCCGCAGCCUGGUGACAAUAUGGUGUUCCCAUUAGGAGAAGCGUGGCUUGUAAGCGACGCAGAAGCGAACGAGACCAUAGAACCAUCUGUGGAGAACGAGAAACCUUUUCUUAUCAGCUCUUAUGAGGUAGAACUCUGGGAUUCCUUCUACUGGUUGACAACAGUGUUUAAAGGGGAACAACUAUCAUCAUACGGGGCUGAAAUCCGGGCUGCGCUGUUCUUCGGCGUGGUCCGAGGUGACACCGGUGGGAAUCCCACUACUGGGCCUGAUGCUAUACUUAUUGGUGCUGAUGGAACGAAGCUAUACUUCAGCAACAGAACUCACGAGACCACAGGGGAGCUGGUGCUGAACCUGCCACUGUCUGAAGGUCACUGGUUCUCCAGCGAAGGACCGGUGUCGAGAACGCAGCUUAUGGACGUGCUGAGUGAUCUUAAGGCGAUCAUGAUCAGGGCGCAUUUUCAUAUGGAUCAGGAUGAGGUCCGUCUAGACUCAGUACAGAUCCUCGGCGCAGCCGCAGGCGCGCGUGAAAUAUGCGCGUGCCCACCAGGCUACGCGGGCGCGCACUGCACGCGCUGCGCGUGGACGCAUGCGCGCGUCGCUCGAGCGCGUGACUCGUUGCCUGCUUUCGAGUGCGUCCCUUGCGCGUGUAAUGGUCAUGCUGGGUGCGAUGAUGUAGAGGGCGCCUGCGGGCCUUGCAAGCACAACACCACCGGCGCGCACUGCGAACGCUGCUUGCCUGGACACUACGGAAACCCAGUGCAACCUUAA